GAGGUGGUGGGAUUCAGGGAACCACACGCGGUUCUCUGCGGCGUGGAAUUUGCAUACUUCAGAAGUCUGGCCCUGCGGCGUGCUACCUCGGGAAUCUCCUAUGGCUGCGCUGCGCUGGACGCUGCGGGUGUCGCCCAUGCUGGCCCGGGCGCGCACCUCGCCGGGCUCCCUGGCUACUACCUGCUUGGCAGACCGCUACCUCUGGGACCGGUUCCAUGCCCAGCCACGUCCGGGCAGUGUCCCCACCUUCGACUGGUUCUUUGGAUAUGAGGAAGUCCAGGGCCUCCUCCUUCCGCUCCUGAAGGAAGGCCCGGUUUCCUGUCCACCCAGAGUCCUGGACGUGGGAUGUGGGACCUCAGGCCUGUGCACAAGCCUCUACACCCAGUCGCCAUACCCAGUGGACGUGCUAGGUGUUGAUUUCUCUCCUGUGGCAGUGGCCCACAUGAACCGUCUCCUGGAGGGCAGCCAAGGCCAGAUACCCCUGUCCCCAGGACACCCUGCUUCCCACCUCUGCUUCAGGCAAGCUGACGCCCAGAACCUGGGACCUGUAGCUCCCUCAGGCUCUUUCCAGCUUCUGCUGGACAAGGGCACCUGGGACGCUGUGGCCCGGGGUGGGUUGCCUGGGGCUCGCCGGAUGCUGUCAGAGUGCCUUAGGGUCCUGAGUAAGCAGGGGACCCUCAUCCAGUUCUCUGAUGAGGAUCCAGAUGUGAGGUUGCCUUUCUUGGAGCAAAUGUGCUGUGGCCAAACUGUGACCAUGCAGGAGUUAGGACCUUUUGGGGGCAUCACCUACUUCGCUUACUUGGUUAAAUGUGCUCAUUAAAGAUGCGGAAGAGGGUUGGAGACA